UCGUCUCGCAGAGCCCCGGCGCUGGUGACUAUGGCGACGCGCAGCCCCUGGCCGCGGCCCCUCAGCCUGCCCUGCUGCUGCCUCCUGCUCCUCGCGCUCGGCAGCCCCGGUUUUUUCCAGUCACAUGCAGUGGAAGUAGAUGUGAAAGAUCUCUCCAAUAAUACGUGCAUCUAUGCAAAAUGGAUGAUGAGCUUCUUGAUAAAAUAUGAAACAAACAGUAGUGAAUAUAAAAAUGUAACCUUAAAGCCAUCUACUAAUGUAACGCAUGACGGAAGCACCUGUGGCAAUAACACACAUGCCCCAUUACUAGCAAUACAAUUUGGAGCAGGUCACUCUUGGAGUAUCAACUUUACUAAGACUAACGAAACUUAUCAGGGAAACAUCAUCUCAUUUACCUACAACACCAAUGAUGCAGUCUUUAAAGAUGCUAAAACAAAAGGACCAAUUACGAUUGUUGUAAAUGACACUAUGCAUCCAGUCCAACUGAAUACUGUCUACAAAUGCCAUCACCUUGACUCUAUUGAAGUGGCAAAUGUGUCUCUGUUCUUCUGGGAUGUCAUUCUGCAGGCUUUUGUUCAAAAUGGCACUGUUAGUAAACAUGAUUCUACAUGUGAAGCUGAUAAAUCUACUGUUGCACCUACCACUGUUGCCAACUUAACUACUGCACCUAUCACUACUGCUUCAUCACCUCUGCCAACUACAACUUCUAAACCAGUGGAGAAACCACUCAUUGGAAACUAUUCUCUUAAAGAUGGCGAUAAAACCUGUCUUCUGGCUACAAUGGGGCUGCAACUGAAUGUCUCCCAAGAGAAGCCUGUUUUGAUUAACAUCAAUCCGAAGACAACUAAUGUCACUGGUAGCUGUGGCAACACAUCUGCUACUCUGCGAUUGAGUGACAGCAACAGGACGUUUAUUGAUUUCACCUUUGCUGUUAAAAACACAAGUGCAAACACACAAAGAUUCUAUCUGAAAGAAGUGAACAUCACGCUGAUCAGCUCUAUAAAUGGUUCUGAACCUUUAAAUGCUGGAAACAACAACCUCAGCAUCUGGGACACCUUCCUGGGCAGUUCCUACAUGUGCCAAAAAGAGCAGACUGUUUUGGUGACUGAAGAUCUUCAAAUACAUACUUUUGAUCUGAGGAUUCAGCCAUUCAAAGUACAAGACAACAAGUAUUCUAAAGCCCAGGAGUGUUCGCUGGAUGAUGACACCAUUCUAAUACCAAUUAUAGUUGGUGCUGCUCUUGCGGGCUUGAUUGUCAUUAUAGUGAUCGCUUACAUAAUUGGCAGAAGAAAAACCUAUGCUGGAUAUCAAACCUUGUAAAUCUGAAUGUGAUCACUGUUCCAGUUUCACUUUAAUGAAGCAAGUGCAAGUUCCCAAAUGCAAACAAACCACUUCAAGUAAACAUUUGCAUCAUCUAAUUAGGGCUGGAGACUGUGGGUGCUUUGUCUCUUUUGGUGUUUGGUCAGAUAAAACAAUGGGAAUGUAACUCUACUUCCUGGACUAAGAAAAACAUGGGGUUUUGUAGCUGUACUCAAAGUAGCAAAUAAGCCUUAUUUGGCAAAUUAUUAGGUAAAGAUAUUACCUGCAAACAAUUACUUGGGAUUCAUGUCUGCAUGUUACAAAUAUUAACAGUCUGAAAAGGGAACAGUCUAAAUUAGGGCACUAUUAUGAUGCAUUGGGCAACUUGUAAAAUUGCAUUAAACUUGUACGUGUCUCACCUGCAUUCCUUAGUUACUGUCACAAUUGCAGGGUAACCUGGCUGCCUUUAACUGUAUAUUAAACCUGGAAUGCUUGCCAGGGACUUGAGAGUGCCUAGUAUCUCUUUUCUGGCUCAUAGUACUAAAUGCCAUACUAAUGGUUUUUCAAGCAAGUUUACGUUGAAGUGACAGUAGUAACCCACUUAAUUCCAACAAGAGCUGCAAUAGCUCCCUCUUAUUUUGGUAGCUUCAGUAGCCAUUCUUAUAGUUAACCCAUUCAUUUAGAUAUGUAAACUUAAAAACUUCAAUUGGCAUAUCUGGGAGUUAAAGCCCAGUUUCUAAAUGCUUUAGAGAACUGUUGUGCACAAACGACCAGAAACCUAGUGCCUGUUACACCCUGGCAUCCCCGUAGAUACCAAAACAGACAGUUCUACUAAAGUACUACAGUAUUCCUGCUGGCACCAGUUUUAAAAAGGGAAUAAGAACCUUAAGUAUUUCUAGAAUUUAAAGGGCACUUAACUUUGUAUCAUAUCUUGCACAGAAAGUCUGUCUUGCUCACUUCCUUUGAGUGAUGUGUGUUAAAGAAGCUCUCGGUUUAAUAAUCCAAAAUCAGUUGUCACAACUUCAGCUGUUUUUAAAUCUCCAUAUUAAAUCAUUCUUUGCUAAUCAAAACUUGCAUUGUAACUGUCCCAUGAUGGCAUUUCAUCUGCUGAUUCAUGUACUUUGUGCUUAAUUGUGUGCUGUGCAGAGAUGUAAUAUUGUGCAUGUGUGUAGGAGUUACUAAUGCUGUGAAGAAUGCAAAAGUAAAGCAUAAGUCUGAGGCUGACACACUGCACCUUUCUCCUUGCUGUUUGGAGUAGGUCCUCUGCUUAAAACAAAACAAAGUGUAAUGCAAUUGGACUGUUCCUUAAACUGCAGCUAUAUAGAGACUAACCCUCACUGUAUAUCUUUAAGUUUCUCUGGUCUCCUAAUCAGUGUGGUGUAAUUCAGAGUGCACUGCCUAAAAAAGGUGGCCUUUCCUAAAAGGAAUGAGUUUUGUGUUAUAGACAGGGAUUGGUCAUAUUAAUGAACAUAGGACAAACUGAGUUUAACAGGGAAAGUUGGUUCAUUUUUCUUAAUUUUGGCUUGGAAUUGUCAUGGUAAUAGAUGCUUAUUAGGGGUAUACAGAGCUGCUUGUGGCAUGUUUGGUGAUGCUCUCUAAAAACAAUCGGUAAUACUAAUUUGGUUUUCAGUAACAGAUUUCAUAGUGACUAAUGUAUAUUUAGGACUCUGACUAAAAGAGCAAGAAUGGUUGAAUAACUCUUAUUAAUGCUUGUUGCAAGCAGAACUCAGGCCUUAGUCUAAUAUCAAAACCUCUUAAAAAUAAAUAAAUAAAAAUGUAAAUGGAGGAACUAGCUUCAAACUUAAAUUUUUAAUUUGAGAAUUUCUCCAAAAACAUAAAUUGUAUUAAAAUAUCUUUAAUUGCAACAGUUCUUAUAGAAAGUCUUUUUGUAGAACUCCAGUGAUUGUUGGUGUUUACAUGUGCCAGUUAUGUACUUUUUAACUAGCAUUUAUCACAACUAUUUUCUUUGUCCAUCUGAUGUCUUAAAUCUCCCAGGUUUCUAUAUGCCAACUCUAUUCCUGAAUUUCAGACUAAACUCUCACCUUCUCGUUGAAGGUGUAGAAAUGUUAUUUAGGGAAAACCAGUGGAUUUGUUCAAGAAAUUGGCUCUGAUGAAAAUAAUACCAGAUCUGGUGUGCCGGUAACUGGCUCAUGUAAACAUCUAAGUUUCAUGUGUCUGCUUAAACUGUUUAAACCACUAGUUCUCUGUAUUGUAUUUCUCCAUAGGGACUUGCUUGUCAGUUUACUCUACAUAUUGCUUUAAACAAUAAAGAUUCUUCUAUUUCUUAA